UCUGUUCGGGUCACAUGACAGCCGCGUCCAACAUGGCUUCUGCUGCCUGGCGCGGGUUGUGUUGUUUACGGUCAAAACAACGAGCGGUUAUUCUCUUCUCUUUUUGCUGGACUUUAGCGUGUAGUUUUACAGAUGAAGCUGACCGCUGCGAAGAUCUGCGUCCGGGACAGUAUCUUUGCAACAGCCCUAAAAUAAAUGAAACAACUCAAGAGCCAGAGAACUGCACGGAUUUGGUAGCAUUGGUGGAGUGUCGUCCUGCACCCAAUGUCACCUGCUUGCUAUCAAAUGGGACCAAGUACAAAUUCAGUGGCGAGGAAGUUGGAUUUAAUAAAAAUAUCCCAUGUCGAAACGUGUCUACUUAUUCAUACAAAGUGGCUGUUGCUUUGUCACUUUUCCUGGGAUGGCUGGGUGCUGAUCGGUUUUAUUUGGGCUAUCCAGCUCUAGGGCUGCUUAAGUUCUGCACAGUGGGGUUCUGUGGAAUCGGAAGCCUGGUGGACUUCAUAUUGAUAUCCAUGCAGAUCGUAGGUCCAUCUGACGGGUCAGAUUACAUCGUGGACUACUACGGAGCGAGACUUGUACGGCUCUCCAUAACAAACGAAACUUACAAACGGACGCAGAUAUCACCGUGACGAGGUGGAGGGAGAACACAGGACAGAGGAGCUCACGUCCAGGGCUGUCAUUAAAAUCUAUUCUUUUUCCUCUCUCCAAACGGGAAGACAACAGAACACGCCAGACAUCAUGCUGCGUGUGAGAGUGCGAAAAAGAGUCAAAUACGGAACAGCCAUAUGUCGAGCUUGUGUUAGCUACAGUGCACUGGAACGUCUGCAGAAACUCUACAAAGCCACAUCCCUCCAUGUCUCUCCCUCCAUCCAUCUGUCCUUCAUCUCUUCCUUCCAUGAUCCUGAAGUUCAAUAGUUCAUCCCUCAGUUCUUGCCCUUCAAAAAUGAUCUUGGCAGGUGAAAUUGUCUUAAGUUUAGUCGAUAUUUGUAAUUUUUUGGAUUUUGGGAGCUAUUUAGCUUAUUUUACACUUUUACAUUAUUUCUAGAUGUGUGUUAUUUGUUUUAAGUGAUUUUAUCAAAUAAAAUACUCACUAUUUUGACAGAGAAUGUAUCUUUUUCCAAGCAUAUUUAACUUAAAACAAGCAAAAUUAUUGGUUAAUAUUGUGAGAAUUUUACUUGACAAUGACUUAAAAUAAGUAAGUGUCUCAAAAUCUUAUAAUAAGUUUACAGCAGUCUUAAAUUGAGAACUAGAUUUAAAAUGAUUUCACUUGCCAAGAUUUUUUUUUUUGGAGUGUAUAGAAUGUAAACGAUUCUGUUUAUUUAUCAGUGUAAAUAGAGGUUUACUGUAAUGGCCAAUUCAACAUGCAUCCUGCUUCAAUUCUGUGUUACUGGUUCAGUACAGAGCUCAGAUACCUGAGUGACGUCACUCAGUAAGAUUAAUCACAGUGAAGCUUGUCCACGUUUGUGUCUUUUUCAUCAUUGUGUCUUUGUUAUUUAAACGAUGUAAAUAAAGAUUUGCUUUCCUCAACAA